AAAAAUCACGAAGAGAUGCUCUCCUUCUCACACCUCCCUCCUCUCUCUUCCUUCUCCGCCUCCUCCUCCUCCUCCUCCUCCUCCUCCUCCUCCUCCUCCUCCUCUUCUUCUUCACGUCAAUUCACCAGUUUCAGGGUCACCAUGUCUUCCUCAGCAGUCGAUUCGAUCCCUUCUCUGCCCGAUAAUCGCAUCGUCCUAGGUUGUGGUUCGGUGUCUGUUGAUUUUUUCCCUAAGCCCGAUGACAAAAUCAGGAGCACCAGCUUGAAGGUGCAAGGAGGUGGAAACGCAGGAAAUGCCUUAACCUGCUCCGCCCGUCUGGGAUUAAACCCGAGACUGAUCUCUAAGGUUGCUGAGGACUCCCAAGGAAGGGGAAUACUAGAGGAGCUGGAAGCUGAUGGUGUGGACACUUCUUUUUUGGUGGUUUCUAAAGAGGGCAAUUCACCUUUUACCUAUGUCAUAGUUGAUGAACAAACGAAAACCCGUACUUGUAUUCACACGCCUGGAUAUCCACCCAUGGUUCCAGCCGAGCUUUCUCAAUCUAGCAUGCUAUCGGCUCUGGUUUCAUAUUUAAACAAAAAUUCACUAAAGCAGGCGGCUUGCAAGAAUAUACCUAUUUUAGUGGACGCAGAGAGGAAAAGAGAAGGAUUAGAUGAUCUACUGCAACUAGCCGAUUAUGCUGUCUGCUCUGCAAAAUUUCCUCAGGCAUGGACGGAGGCACCUACUACUCCAGCUGCUCUUAUUUCAAUGUUGUUGAGGUUACCAAAACUGAAGUUUGUGAUUGUAACCUUAGGUGAAGACGGGUGCAUAAUGGUCCAGAGAUGUUUAGAAGAGGCAUCAGAAUCUGAGGAGACAGACGUAGACAGCCUGUUGGAGACUCUGAAGCAAAGAAAAGACGGAUCCGCCAUGAAAACCCCAACAUGUGUUUCGUCGUCCACGAUGAAACUGAAGGCAGACGGGGUAGGAGCUGUGUGCGGAAGGUUGUUUCUGGGAACGGCUGAGAAAAUUCCUCCAGAAGAACUGGUCGACACCACUGGCGCAGGAGACGCUUUCAUUGGAGCCGUUCUGUACGCCAUAUGUGGGAGCAUGCCCCCGGAGAAAAUGUUGCCGUUUGCCGCUCAGGUGGCUGCGUGUGGCUGCAGAGCCCUGGGAGCUCGGACGGGUCUUCCCCGACUUACUGAUCCUCGGCUCGCGCCCCUUCUACUCUGAUAAUUUCACUCGCUCUCGGUCCGUCUGUUUGGUUCCUUUUAUUAAACGCUAAACGCUAAACGCAAAACGCGAAAAUGCUUUGUUUAAGCUGAAAAGUUAAUGAUGAUGGGGUUGCGUUUGCGUUGCAAAACUAUGACAAUGUCUCCGAUAAUUCUUGACAUCGACGGAUUCAACUUUC